AUGAGACAGAAGUGGUAAAUAAUGAAGAGAACAGGUCACUGAUACAGAGUGAUCUGGAUCACUUGGUAAACGGCACAAGCAAACUAUUGUGUUUUAAAACUCAUAAUAUUAAUUUGAAGUUAUACACCUUGGGUUAUGUUCUCUGUUCCUUUCUUACAGGUUGGGGGACUCUAUCCUGGGAAGCAGUGACUGAAAAAUAAUUCAAUUAUUGGAUGUGAGUGUUUCUUCUGGAAAGAAAGAAUGACCUUUCCUUUGUCAGCCUGUAUAUCUUGGAUGCUGCUGUCCUGCUGUGGAGCCUAUACAGACUGCCAGCCCCAUCAUGCUCUGACAUUUCAAGAUUGUUUUGAAAAUUCCAAACUCAAACCGGUGAGGACUCUUACCUGGCAUGGCGCUCCUGCUCCAGCUGCAGCUCAGAGCCUGGCUGUGGACAGCACUGGUCCUCUAUGUGUUUGCUGGAUCCUGGAAGCAGACAGAUGGGCAACUUCACACGGAGGACCAUGCUGAUGUGAAUGUGUUUCAUAACAAGCUGGAGGAUGCCAACGUCAUGCUAGAGUUGCUCUGGGAAGGACUGGAGAUUGAGGCUAACGAGACAAUCAGGCUGCAGGAUGAGGAAUUGGCCUCUCUGCGCUCAGCAAAGCGAUUUCUCCAGAUCUUCCAGCACCAGGUUCCCAAGACAUCAGAAGGAAUCAAGGAGCAGCUGAAACAUCUUUCACAGGCAGAUGCCCCUCUGAGUCCAGUAGAGUUCGAUCAGCUUCUCUUCACCAGCGUUUACUGCGCUUAUCAGAUUCGCUCCAUUCAGGGCCUGGACAAAAAUCUCUGGAUCAGUUUCUUUUCUCAACUAGUUGAUGAAAUCCUCCAUGAUCUCUGCAAGGGAUUCUGCCCUGCAAAUUCCACUCUCCUGGCUUCCUGGCCCUGGAAGGAGAAGCCUUUUUAUUUAACCUCACUGAAAAAGUCAUAUCAUUCCAACCUGGCCAUGAUGAAGAGAGGCACUGAGUAAGGAGACUGACAAGACGAGAUUCAAUUGCAUUCUUGUUAUUCAGAAUGCUGCCAGUCAUCCCAGAUUAUGCUGGUUACUGUGCAAAAGUGCCACCAUUCUUCCUCUUUUGCUUUCUGUAUUAUACUGGCAACAUUCCAGGCAUUUAUCCAACCAGCUAUUGUCCCAUCUUUAAAUGUGAAACAAGGCCUGGGAUGUCUCCCUAGGAUCUCCAUAGAAAACACACUUCUGAGAUGCACUUCUGCCUUGAUCACUGAUGGCCAUUAGAGAUGUCACAGCACUUUUUCCAGAAGUCCAGGUAUUAGCAUGUAAUGGCUGAAUUCCAUCUCAGGUAAUUCCAUUUUGCCUCCCUAAAUUCCCAGUUGGAUACAGUAUUUUUCCCUUACUACAGUAACUCACUGUACAGCAUAGCUGUGCUGUUCAUACAAUUGCUGUGGUCCACUUUAUAGGUGGCUACACUCUGUGGUGAUUCAUAUUAAGUUCUGACUCAUUUUAUCUGUCAUCCCAUACCAGGUGCCUGGAACAGUUUCCCAAGUAAUAUGCACCCAUUUCCUUCGAAAAACUCCUGCAAAUGUACUGAUUCCAUGAACUCUUCUGGUAUAGAUAUCAUUCCCCACUUUGUAUUAGUACAGAAUGGGUAUUUGCUUGUCUCUCAUCUACUAAACUUUUUUUUUGUCUCUCAUCUACUAAACAGGGAUCCAGUUAUUUGUUCAGAAGAUUUUACCUCUUGUAGAGAGUUUUCUUCUACAUCUGUGGUACUUUACAAAUAAAGUAAUUGGAACAGUACUGUAUAUGUGCAAUCAUGAUUUUUAUAAUCAGGAAUUUAAUCAAUGUAGAACUCAAUGAUCCUUCUUUGUAAUACUCCCUGCAGCAUGGUAUUAGUGACAUACAUUCAGUUAGUCCAGGUGAGUUUUAUUUGGUAUUGGUUUAUUGGUUUGUGCUGGCCCUCCCAUUUACACUGUAGAUGCACUAAUCCUGAGCCUCUACAGCCUGCGCUUUGAUGGUUAGGGUCAUACUUCCCACACAGUUUUACUAGACUCGCAACUUCCACAGAGGAGCCACUUUCAGAAAUGCAUGCAGAAAAUUAUAUUCCCAACAGCAACAAUUAACUUUGAACCUAGUUUAUAUUUUUCUCAUUAUCUAACAGAUGGAGAUGAGAAGCAGUAACCCAAUAAUGCCAGGCCCAGAAGCAAGGUUUUGGGGCACAGAGAAUGAUUUUAAAGAUCAGAGUUACAAUUUUACAGGAGAACAGGGAGUUUGCAAGUCAUAGAUCUUGCAAAGAGUGUAGAAAUUGGGACCAGGGUCUUAUUUGCAUUCCAACUCCUGGAAACUGGAAAUAAAAUGUAAAUACUUCCUCACGCUAUAAUCCUACACUUUUUUGUACACCCCUAAUCCCAAACCUUCACCCAUUUAUGCAAGUCACUUAGUCUUUUAGGGGUAAGAUUUCCAUGGGGGUCUUGCAAAUGAAUAUAGAUUGAGGUAGAGAAAUUGAAAUGAAUAUAAGGCUGGGUUUGGGUUUCACAAGAGGGUGAAAGAUUUGAGACUACAUUAUUGCUAAGGUUUAAGUAAGGACCCUAGGUGAGGUGCAUCUUUCUUGAUUGAGACUAUGGCAUUUGAUAUGAGGACCUCAGAUAAGGAGGUACUGUCUGGGAUUAGAAUUUUCAUGGGUGGUUAGGUUAGAGGCUUUGUCUUCUUUUGAACAAAGACUGUGAAUGAAGCCAAGUUGAUGGCAAGUUUCAGCCAAAGUUUAGGCUGAGACCUAUAAAACCUUAUUGAAUUUGGGAUCCAAGCCAACAUUUGAACACAGAUCUCACACAAGACAUUAAUCCCAUAGCUCUGAGGAGCCCCCUAAUAUCCAUUGCUCCACUGAAGUCUUGGGUUCCCACAACCUCUCAUACUGCUGUGCUGCCACUGCCCCCAAUCUUCUGCAAUCUUAGUGCCAUCCACACUGGUCCCUCUAUAACAGGAGUGGGGCUCACUGGAACACAUUGUGGAGCAAAGGCAAGGACUAUGACUGCAUGGACAUUGAAAUCACCUCCUAUACUUUAGAAGUAUGGUGGUGGCUUCCCCCUAAGGCAGGGUUAAGGUAGAGCAACAAGGAAACAAAAUGUUGUGUUAUGAAGUCUAGUCACACUAUAACGUUAAGAGUGCCCAUUUCUUGGCAAUGGUAGAGUUCAAUACAGGCAGUAUUGCCAUACACAUUCAGACCACUGCCAUCCCCAAAUGUUCAAAAAUCAUGAGCCAGGCACCGACAAAAUCAGGAGAUUUAAAAAAAUAAUACACAUUUUGGGUUAUUUUUAUUUGCCUUCUUGUUUAGGAGCCUUUAGGGUAUGCUU